UCCAGGCAACAGUAAAUCAAAAAAGUUCGAAUAAAUCUAUAUUUCAUACAAAUUAACCCUAGAUGAGGUGAUAUAAUUUUAAAAGUGAUUGCAGGUGUUUAAGAAAUUAUUAAAAAUGACUUAUACAGAAUUGAAAAUAAUCUCAGUGUAUUUUGUGCUGUCAACAUUAAAUUUAUUUUUAACAGUAGAAACAUACUCCAGUGAAUUAAUACAAUUUCCAAAUAAUUCUUUUUGCAAUAAGAGUGAUUACUUUUCAGUCAACAAUUUGAAAUGUGUGCACUGUGGUUCCACCAAGAAUUUAGUUCCGGCUACAAACAAAUUAGCUUGUGUAUGCAACAGCUUGAGCUAUCAAGUGAAAUGGGGCAAAGAAGAUUAUCCUAACUGUAUCCCAUGUGGAGCUGAUAAAGUAGCAACAAAAGAUGGGAGAUUUUGCAUAUCUUGUUCCAGUGAAACUUUAAACUCAACAAUAAAAAAUGCAUUAAACGCCUCAGGCUGUGCCAACUGUUCUUCUGAUGAGAUUUUAGUUGAGCGAGACACUAACGGCACUUUGCUGCCGCAGCAGAGAUGUGUCAGAUGUGUUCAGGGUACCCGACCGUCAGCUGACGGAACUGUUUGUACACCUUGCUUCACAUUAAACAUCAGCGGUAAUGGCUCAUGCAGCUGUCCGUCAGGCACUCAUGAACAGCUGAGUCGGGAUGUGUGUGUACCUCACAGUGAGUUGACCAACUGGCCGGACGACUCUGCGACUUACACCAUCGACUAUCCGCUCUCCGGCAAGUCAGUCCAGUCUGCUCAUCUCAAAACUCAUCUGCGAAGGGACAUUUACCUUUGCAAGAGCCAGAGACGCAGCUCUGCAUGCCAGUCUGUAGCCAACAUGUGUGUGUUGACUCACUACAGGGACGGUCCUGUUUGUAGUCUGUUCAGAGACUUCAAACACAUCCCCAGCUCAGACAAAGAGCCUUACCCUUGGCUGUACUAUGGGGAUGGCGACGCCCCUACUGUGCUGAACAGACGCAAAAUAUCCACCAGAUAUAGUCUCCAUCCGUAUUCUGAGUUGAGUCUCAUCAACCUAACAGCUGUCAAGUGGCAGGUAAACGGCAGCUAUGGAGGAGUCGUCCGUUUUGUUGGGUCCAGUCUACAACUGUGUCCCGGGGACUGGGUCAGUCAGGAUGCAGCUCUCAGAUUUGGAUCGAGAUAUGCUCAACAAUGCAGCCUACGACCAAGCCAGCUGAUGUCAUCUCAAUUGCGAAAUCAGCUGAUUGACCUUUAUUUACAAUUUGAUUCGUAUUUAUAUGCUUUGCCUGUGUUGGAUACAAGCUUUCAGCAAGGCAACAGAUUUCCUAAUAAGGAGUCAGACAUGGGACAGUGGCAGUUGACUCGUAGAUUCUUCCUGAUAGAUUCUGUGUCCGGCGUACCUGUUAAUGGAAACAAGGUGGAAGUUAUUCAAUACCUCAAAUCAGCCACUUUGCGGGUGCGAGCCCAGCAUGGAGAGGACCAGGGGAAGAUCUAUCCUCCAGUGUUAACGUUGAGUUACAGUGGAAUAACUGCACAACACAUACAGUCUGAUACACCUGUACAGAUCAGCUUCUAUGUAGACUUCUACAAGGACAGUAGAGUCACUUAUACAAUUGAUAUAUGGCUAGGUGUGUUGUGCGGACUGGCUGUGGUGUGGUCAGCACUACAGACAUGGAGCUACUCCAAGCGUUCUGCUCACCUGGUGAUAGACCUUCUUACUCUGUGUCACCUGUGUAUCAUCUGUGCCGGUCACUUGGCCAAUGUGUUCUUUGCUGUGGUCAGUUUGGCAGCUGUACACAACUUUGUCUACUACAAGGGCCAGGCUGUUGCUCAAGUAUUGCUGCCCUCUACAGCCCUGGACAGCUAUGUCUACACAUACGUUAUUGUAGCGUAUUCACUGAAGCUGGUAGAGGUGGGUCACAUGGUGUGGCAGCAGACGACAGUAGACAUCUUCCUCAUAGACUGGGAGAGACCAAGAGCCACCAGUAACAAACAGAGUCAGCCUGUGUCUAUCUGGCGGACGUACUUUGUGGCUAACGAGUGGAACGAGAUACAGAGCUCUCGGAAAACCAGCCUCACUGUACAACUGGUCUCAGUGGUGCUGCUUAUAAAGGUGUUUGGGAUGGAAAACUGGUCUAUAUCAGACCCGGAUAUAAACAGUGUUGCCACACCUGAGAUGAAGUACAGGCCUGCCAACUUUACGUUUCAGUUUGCUGUGGCUUUUCUCGUGUUUGUGUUUGUUUACAUUGUUCAGUGGCUGAUGCUGAGUGCAGUCUAUGAACGUUACGUCAAAGAUGGAAUCCAAGAGUUUGUUGAUGUUUGCUCUCUUGCGAACAUAUCUGUUUUCAUUUUGACUCUGGAGAAUUUCGGCUACUACAUACAUGGCAGGUCUGCACAUGGGUUCUCCGACACAGACAUGCAGACGAUAAUGAACCAGCUGAGGAGAGAGGAAGAAGACUUGGUGGGUCACCGUGGUCUGUUGCCUGCCUCUGACCAUCAGACGUUCCAGAUGUACAUUCCUAAUCAGUUGCGGAGUUACUACCACAGACUGAUGCCACCAGCUCCAGUGACAAAGCAGAUUCCCUCAGCUGUGACAUCGGCUCUGCGUCUAAAACUGACUGGAGUGUCGUCUGCAGACUUUGACCGCAGCGUCACUGCGUACCACAACAUGAACAAGUUUCUGGCCGCUUUUCUUGAACAUGCCUUGAGGGAUCUUGACUAUGAAGUGAGAGACAAAUUAUUUGCUGAAGCACUUUUAGAUAUCGAGUUCUCUGAUACCCCUGGAAAAGCAGUGUUUUACAUUGAUAAUGGUCAUUCUUUUGACAAAGUUUUGUUCUACGGAAAUGAAUCGACUCUUUUUUCAAUGGACCUCAUGGGAUUCUGCUUCUUUCAAGUCAUUACUGGAGAUUUUCUCUUGGCAGCAAUCAUAACUGCGCUUUUGGCAAAGGUUCUGAUGGUGAUUAGACACAUAGGAGGGCGAAGGAAUCUCGCUAAGAAAACAUUGAUUGAUGAAAGAUUUCUUAUUUAAGAUUCUAGUUUUAAUGCAGUAAUCAGUAGUUUAGGCUUAAGUGUUUUAACCAUCAAUAUCUAAAAUUGUAAUACAUAUAUGUAAUAUAAAUAUUUUAUUUAUAUGUAAAUUAUUUAUAUUUGUUGAUCACUAUAGAGAACUUAAGUAUGUUGGUGAGUAUUUGGUGAGUCUAAUCGUUGGUGAGUCGGUGGCUCAGUUGAUAGCGUCGCGGACUUUGGGCCCAAGGCAGCAGUGUCGUGGGUUCGGA